AUGGAUCCAGUGAAUUUUUUCCGUGAAGAACCAAGAAGGGUGAUCAAUGGUCCUCGUCCAUCACCAUUGAGGAUUAACAAGGAUUCUCAUGUUAUACAGAAACCAUCUUCGAUGAAUCAAGUUUACAAGAAGGCUGCGACGGAGCAAAAUACUAGGUUGAGUACUCAGCAGCCGAGACAGCCCGUGAUUAUUUACACUCAUUCUCCUAAGAUUAUUCAUACAAAGCCUAAGGAUUUCAUGGCUUUGGUGCAAAAACUUACGGGUUUUUCGCGGUCCGAGGAGCAAAUUGUUGAAGCUGAAUCUAAGAGGGAUGAUCAAACAAUUACCAUCAGUCAAGAGGAUAAUGACUCGUCUUCGGUUACAAGUGAUGACAAGUAUGAAGGUGAUAAUGCUAGUGAUGUGAUUAAGGAGAGCUCAUCUGCAGUGUCCCCUGUUAACAAAGGCCUAAAUCCAUACUUAACUGAUAUCCCUCUAUUUACUCCAAACUCAAACUUAUUUUCUUCACCUCAGCCUGUUUUCAGAUACCCUGAUGUGGUAUUUACCUCCCCAAAUAUCGUCAGUUCGCUGUCUCCUUCGUUUGUGGAGUUCAUGAAGGGUCUUCCGGAGUACUGA